AUGCCGAAAAGAGCCGUCUCUUUUGCCGAUGACAUCGAAACGCGGGUGUUCAAACGAGACAAAAAAGAGCUCGAAACGGAGGAUUUUGACAUGCCAAUGGAAGAAGACGUGCUUGAUGUGAAGCACAAAAAUGAAGAGGUUUGUGUUGAAAAAUCUUUAAAAAACUGUAGUCUCAAAAUUUGUAGGGAGGAGAAGAUGAAAAGAAGAAGCAUCACACGCUCGAGUCGGACGAAGAAGAGGAAGAGGAAUACAAGCGCCUGGACACUCGGAAAGUGGAAGGACAAGAGGAAGGCGGCAUCGAUUUCGAAGGGUCCACCAAGAUCACGGCGUUCAAUAUGAAAGAGGACGAGGAAGAGGGACAUUUCGACGAAUCCGGCAACUUUAUCUUCAAGAAAAAGGAAAAAGAAAUUCAGGACGCUUGGUUGGACGGAAUCGACUGGAGUCUGGUGAAGAAAAGAGCAGGAGAUCAGUGGGAAGGCGACGCGGAAAAGGUUUGCACGCCCUUUCUUUUUUGACCCUUUUAUUCUUGUAUUUUAGAAGACCGAGAUCGAGGAGGACGACGGAAAAGAGCCGGUGACGAUGAAUGACAUUCGAAAGAAGGAUAUUUUUGAGAAGCUCGUCGAAGUCCUGCAGCCGAACCAAACCGUUGCCAAAGCUUUGGCCGAUCUGAAGAAGAAGAAGGGGCUCUCGGCGGCCGAAGAACGCAAAUUGAGAUGGGCAGCCAAGAAAGCUGGAAAAGCAUUCGAACCGACGGACGGACAAAAAGAGACCGCACUGCUCUCCGGACUCGCCGAUGAGCUCAUUUCUGCUGGAUUUGUAAGUGAAACUGACCGUAGCCUGUAGACAGACUCACACCUUUUCAUUGCAGAUGGACGCGUACGAGUGGCACCGCGAAAAGAUCAACUUCCUGCUUCAACGGAUGAUCAGCACGGCUGUCGAUGAGGUCGACAUGUUCUCCGAUGAGCCAGUCACGGCUUCUUCUUCAACGGCCGCUGCUGCUCCGAUAGACGUGUUAGAAGAGGAGGAUACGGUCAAAUGGGAGUACAAGGAGAAUGAGGAGAGCAAGAUUCUGGUGAGCACUCGAAAAAAAAAAGAAAACGGGCAUUUUUUCAAUUGCAGGGCCCAUUUUCCACGUCGGAAAUGCUGGAUCGACAAUCGAAAGGGCAGUUGUCGGCGAAAGGAAUUGCGAGACGCGAGGGAACGAAGGGCUCUUUCAAUCCGGUCGCCAGAAUCGAUUUCGAACUGUACUUGUGA